AUGAAGCUGCUCAACAGCCAGGGCCACCUGACCAACCCUGCAUUGCACAACGAGUUGGUCACGAAGUUACCACCAGCUCAACGGAUGCAAUGGGGAGAGUAUCUAAAGACGCAAGGGUUGACGACCGAUCAGCUCGGACUCGACACGUUCUCGUCCUGGCUGGGAGAGCGAGCUGAGGCUGCAGCGCUGGUGGCGCCAGCCAAGAGCCUUGCACAACCAGCGACAACGUACAAGCCUCGCGGGCAGACAGCACUGCACGCAGCCAGCUCAUCUGCAAACGAGGCCAGGCGAGACAAACCAGUUCGGUCCUGCCGGAAUUGCAACGGCAGCCACUGCAUCACCUGGUGCCGAAGCUUCAAGGCACUGCCAGUGAAACAGCACCGGGAAUUAGUAUACGAAUGGAAGCUAUGCACCUGCUGCCUGAGGUCCGGGCACUGGAGGGCAGCGUGUCAGUCGGGAGGAUGCGAACGUUGUCCAGCCAGGCACCACACUCUGCUCCACCAAGAGCGUACCCAGCGGACUAGUGGAGCACGAGGGGGCUCGACGACUGACGGAACGAGUGGAGCACGAGAGAGCUCGAACACUGACGGAACACAGCCCCAGGCAGCGACCAACCAUCAAACCAGUGCAUCGAUGGGAGAUCAGAUUGCCUUCAUGACUGUGCCAGUAGUGCUGGAGUAUGAGGGUCGCCAACAGCGCGUCACCGCAUUGCUGGACCCAGCCUCUACUACCAGCUUUCUGACGGAUGACGCUGCGAGUAAGCUUGGCAUAGUCGGCAAGCCCCAGUCGCUCCAGACAACUGUUCUGGGCGGUAAGACAGUGACAGGACAACACCAGUGUGUUGAGGUCACUAUGAGAAGUGUGGAUGGCAACUACAGUGCGGACCUCGAGGUGUGGACCCAGCCACAGAUUACCACCCACACAGCACCGGUCAACUGGGACAAGAUCAAAUGCUGUUAUGAGCACCUGAGAGAUAUUCCAUUACCACCAACCAACACCCGCACUCCGGAGCUACUAGUAGGCCUGAAUGUGCCGGGAGCACAUACUACACUGGAAGAAGUCGUUGGCAAUGAUGGUGACCCAAUCGCUCGUCGCCUACCAUUGGGCUGGGUGUGCUUUGGACCAGUAGUGACGCCCUCACAGUGCUCGAUGACCACAGCCGUCACGCCAGCAGAUGACAUGACACCACAGCAGCGAUUGGACGCUAUUGUGGAGAAGUUCUGGUUGUGGGACGAUGUUGGGACUGUGACACAGUCUACCCUCACCCAGGCAGAAAUCGAAGCCGACCGUCUGGUACGUGAGAUGACUACUCACGAUGGUACUCGGAUCGUCACUGGCAUCCCAUGGACGAGUGACGGUGGUCGGCCGCAACUGACAAGCAACAUCGCGACAGCCAAGAGCCGCUUAUUCAACCUGGAGCGCUCGCUAGCUCGGCGCCCACCAGUAUACGACCAGUACCGUCAGCUUGUAGCUCAACAUCUAGAGAAGGGUUACAUCACGAGGUGCGAUGCCGACGUUCUCACCGAGCCAGACCAGUGGUUCCUGCCCCAUUUUCCAAUAGUGCGGCAGGACAAGGAGACAACGAAAGUGCGUAUGGUCUUUGACGCUGCAGCCACCCACGACGGCCAGUCACUGAAUGACCAUAUGUAUGCUGGGCCGAAACUACAGCAAGACCUGGUGGAGGUCCUGCUAGGAUUCUGUCAGGAACCUGUUGCACUCGUCGGCGACAUCGCUGAGAUGUUCCUGCAAGUCGGCCUCAAACCCGCAGAUAGGCGGUAUGUGAGAUUCUUGUGGCGAGAGUCCCCACAAUCUACCAUGGAAGCGUUUGAAUUCAACCGAUUGGUAUUUGGCCUCAAGGCGUCGCCAUAUCUAGCCUGCCGUGCCGUCAAGGAGGUUGGAAGCAGAUUUGGCUCUAACUACAAUGACAUGGCUCGUAGUGCUAUCGACCGGUCUCUGUACGUGGACGACCUGCUCAAGUCCUGUCCUACAACUGAUAGCGCUAUCACCACUCAGCGGGAAGUCCAGUCCCUCCUGCAACAUGGUUCAUUCCACCUGCGCCAAUGGCGGAGCAACGACCGCCAAGUGCUGGAGGCUAUACCCAAGGCUGACCGUGCUACAGAUUCGCUACUGCAUCUCAGUAGCAACGACAACCCGACCAUCUCCAAUCCAGUCAAGACACUCGGCGUAGCUUGGAAUGCGAGAGAUGAUGUGUUCACCUUCGUUUACAAAGCAACAUCACCGCAGCAACUCACGAAACGAUCACUGUUGUCCAAGAUGGCUACCAUCUAUGAUCCACGAGGUCAGCUGUCACCCUUCACUAUCCGUGCACGGCUGAUGUUCCAAGAGCUAUGUACGCAGCAGAAGGAUUGGGACGCCGCACUGUCUGAUGAACAGAGCUCUAAGUGGCAGCGGUGGUUUGCGGAAUUACCAUUGCUGGCAGAGAUCAAGGCAGAUCGAUGUUUCAAGGAUGCACAUCGUCCUCCAGAGUCCGCGGCACUCUCAGUGCACGUCUUCACCGAUGCGUCAUCGCAUGCAGUCGCUACAGCAGUAUACGUGCGCUGCGAGUACCCUGAUGGCUUCGUGAAAGUCACGCUCGCAUUCGCCAAAGCCAAGACCGCGCCAAUCAAGCCAACCACCAUCCCGAAGCUCGAACUUCGUGGCGCAGCCCUGGGAGUACGUGCGAGUCAAGUCGUAGCUCGAGCGCUAGACAUACCAGUAGAGAAGCAUGUAUACUGGACUGACUCAACCAACGUUCUGUACUGGCUGCGCAGCAACGCCAAGAACUUCCGGAGCGACAUUGCCACUCGUAUUGUUGAGAUCCAGAAGAGUACUACAGCCGAUCAAUGGCGCCAUGUGCCAGGCAAAGUCAAUCCAGCCGACCUCGGCACCCGUGGCGAGCGCGCAGCCGACUUCAUACGGAACGAUACCUGGUGGAGAGGACCCCAGUUUCUGCAGUCGGCACCGGCAGAAUGGCCGAAAACCAACCUCACUGUGCCAGCUCAGCUCCCCGGACAACUGAAGAAGAAGCCAGCCAUCACGUUCGCCGUCGAACAUGAACAGAUCAGGCUAAGCCCAUCUACGUACUCGUCCUGGUCGCGGCUAGUACGCAUCACGGCAUGGUGCUUGCGAUUCCUAGGCAACCUGAGAGCAAGGAUCACGAGGGAGCGAGCGGUUCCCACCAGCGCGGUAGUGGUACCAUUGCAACAGACUGACGGGACGUCUGCAAAGAGUGCAGCCAGCAACUCCACAGAACAACACGCUACGGAGGAGUUGUCGCCGCAAGAACUGCAGAAUGCGGAACUACACUGGGUUAGAGCGGCUCAAGUCGACACCUAUGGAGGCACAAUCCAGCGAAUUGCACUUGGAAAGACUCUGCCGGCAUCCGACCCGCUACAACGGCUGAAUCCGGUGUUGCUCACAAUUGAAGGUGUUCCUAUACUGACACUGAGUGGACGACUAAAGGAAUCGGCACAUCUCUGCCGUGGUCUACAGCAGCCCAUGUUGCUGCCACCAAACUAUCGGGUGACACAGCUGUUGAUCAUGCAAGAGGAUCAACAAUGCCACCAUUCUGCAGGGUCCCAACACCUACUGGCGAAUCUCAGGCAGAGGUUCUGGAUCGUGAACGGCCUUGCAGCUGUAAAACGCGCACGCCGAAGCUGUGUGAGGUGCCAGCGGAUGAAUGCUAAUCCAGCAGAACAGCUGAUGGGACCUGUGCCCAGUGUACGAACAACUCAGUCGUUCAAACCCUUCAGCAAUUGUGGAGUCGACUUCGCGGGCCCAUUUCUCACGAAACAAGGCCGCAGUCGGGCACAGCAGAAACGCUAUCUGUGCGUCUUCACUUGUGUGGAGACCCGGGCCUGUCACCUAGAGAUGGCGACAUCGUUGAACGCAGACAGCUUCUUGAUGGCGUUCUCUAGAUUCGUAAAGCGUCGGGGAAAUCCAUCCGUCAUGAUAUCCGACAACGGCACCAAUUUCGUUGCCGCUGAGAGAGAGCUUCGUGAAGCUGCCGAGCAGAUUGAUAGGCAGAAGGUAGAACGUCGGUCCGCCGAUGAUGGUAUCAAAUGGCGUUUCAAUCCACCACGUUCUCCCCACUUUGGCGGUAUCUUCGAAGCAGUAGUGAAAGCAGCAAAGCGUGCACUCACUCAUGUGCUGGGCAAGGCCAGCUUGACUGAUGAGGAGCUCGUCACUGCCUUCACCGAGGUUGAGAAUAUCCUGAAUUCCCGUCCUCUCACACAGCUCAGCACUGACCCGCAGGAUGCCGAUGUGCUGACCCCGAAUCAUUUCCUCGUUGGCCGCAUAGUGCAACCACUUGAUUUGGAGAUGGAAGUGAAUGCCUCUGACGGCGUCCACCCGCGGAAGCGUUGGCAAGUAGUACAGCAGCAUGUGUGUCAUGUAUGGACCCGCUGGAUGAAGGAACUGGUUCCGCUAUUGAACCUCAGGAAGAAAUGGAGAGCAGAGAGAAGAGAGCUGCAGAAAGGCGACUUGGUGCUGUGCCCAAGUCCGGAUGUGACACGUGGCCAGUGGCCACUAGGCAGAGUCGUAGGAACCCAUCCAGGAGCCGAUGGUCAUGUAAGGGUAGUGGACGUGAAGAUCGCCGACAAGAUCAAGCGCCGGAGUGUUCACCAGCUUGUUCCAUUGUGUGCAGAUAGUGGCUGA